CCGAGAGCGGCACCGUGAGGGAAGGGGAGGGGGGAGGGGCCCUGCCGCCGCCGCCGCCGCCGCCGCGGAGCCUUUCGAUGUGCCGGGCACGGCCGGUCAGCGAGGGUGAGCUCUGUGGGAGCACAAACACAGGGGAAAGAUGCCCGUCGUGUGGCCGACGCUUCUGGAUCUCAGCAGAGAUGAAUGCAAGAGGAUCCUUCGCAAACUGGAACUGGAAGCAUAUGCAGGUGUCAUCAGUGCCUUACGUGCACAGGGAGACCUUACGAAGGAGAAGAAGGAUCUUCUUGGAGAACUCUCUAAAGUGCUUAGUAUUUCAACGGAGCGACACCGUGCCGAAGUUCGGAGAGCAGUAAAUGAUGAACGACUAACGACUAUUGCACACAAUAUGUCUGGACCAAAUAGCUCUUCAGAGUGGUCUAUAGAAGGUCGUCGACUGGUGCCGCUGAUGCCACGGCUUGUUCCGCAAACAGCCUUUACUGUUACAGCUAAUGCUGUUGCCAAUGCAGCUGUUCAGCACAAUGCAUCUCUUCCAGUUCCUGCAGAAACCGGAAACAAAGAAGUGGUGGUUUGCUAUUCCUACACAAGUACCACUUCAACCCCAACAUCUACCCCUGUUCCAAGUGGCAGUGUAGCAACAGUGAAGUCCCCCAGACCUGCCAGUCCAGCCUCCAAUGUAGUCGUCUUGCCAAGUGGAAGUACUGUUUACGUCAAAAGUGUCAGCUGCUCAGAUGAUGAUGAAAAGCCCCGCAAAAGACGGCGAACUAAUUCUUCUAGUUCUUCCCCUGUUCUCCUGAAGGAAGUCCCGAAGGCAGUAACUCCUGUCACUAAAACUAUCACAGUGCCUGUAAGUGGCAGCCCGAAGAUGAGUAAUAUAAUGCAGAGCAUUGCCAACUCCUUGCCACCACACAUGUCGCCUGUGAAAAUAACCUUCACUAAGCCCUCAACACAGACAACAAACACAACAACACAGAAGGUGAUAAUAGUAACCACCUCUCCAAGCUCAACUUUUGUACCCAACAUCCUUUCAAAGUCCCACAACUACGCAGCAGUUACGAAACUUGUCCCAACAUCAGUCAUUGCCUCAACUACUCAAAAGCAACCAGUGGUUAUAACUGCAUCUCAGUCCUCUCUGGUUAGUAGCAGCAGCAGUAGCUGUUCUACUCCCUCCUGUACUGCAAAUACUAUUGCAGUGACUGCUGUGGUAUCAUCAACACCGUCUGUAGUGAUGUCAACAGUAGCACAAGGUGUGUCUACAUCAGCUAUUAAAGUUGCCUCUACCAGACUACCUUCCCCAAAAGGUUUGGUUGGAAAUCCAACUCAGAUUCUAGCACAGUUUCCCAAACAACAUCAGCAGUCCCCGAAACAGCAGCUGCACCAAAUACAACAGGCUCAGCAGCAGCAGCAACAGCAACAACAGCAGCAGCAACAACAGCUGGCGCAGUCUUCUGUAGCUCAACAGCAGCCACAACAAUCUCAGUUGCCACCUGGCAUCAAACCUACCAUUCAGAUCAAACAGGAAUCAGGUGUUAAAAUAAUCACUCAACAGGUGCAACCCAGUAAAAUCCUUCCCAAACCAGUUACAGCGACUUUGCCCAGCAGUAGCAAUUCACCUAUUAUGGUGGUUAGCAGUAAUGGGACUAUCAUGACAACUAAACUGGUCACUACUCCCACUGGAACUCAAGCAACAUACACGCGGCCAACGGUUAGCCCUUCUCUAGGGGCUCGGAUGGCUGGAACUCCAGGGGCUGCUACUUACGUGAAAACCACAAGUGGUAGCAUCAUUACAGUAGUACCAAAAUCACUGGCUACGCUGGGAGGCAAAAUUAUCAGCAGUAAUAUUGUUUCUGGAACUACAACCAAAAUCACUACAAUUCCAAUGACAUCCAAACCCAAUGUGAUUGUUGUGCAAAAGACUACUGGAAAAGGAACUACAAUUCAAGGGCUUCCAGGCAAAAAUGUUGUCACGACAUUGUUAAAUGCUGGGGGGGAGAAAACUAUUCAGGCAGUACCAGCAGGAGCAAAACCUGCUAUCAUCACUGCCACAAGACCCAUCACAAAAAUGAUUGUUACACAGCCAAAAGGAAUAGGGUCCACGGUCCAGCCAGCCACCAAAAUCAUCCCAACUAAAAUUGUUUAUGGUCAGCAGGGGAAAACGCAGGUUCUUAUAAAACCAAAGCCGGUGACAUUUCAAGCAACAGUUGUGAGUGAGCAAACCAGGCAGUUGGUUACUGAAACGCUACAGCAGGCAUCCAGGGUGGCAGAGACAGGUAACUCUUCCCUCCCAGAAGUGAAAGAAGAACCACAAAGCUACACUGAUAGCAGCUCAUCUUCUACAGAGUCCUCCCAGAGCUCCCAAGAUUCUCAGCCUGUAGUCCAUGUGAUUGCUUCAAGAAGUCAGGAUUGGUCAGAACAUGAAAUUGCUGUGGACACAAGCCCUACAAUAAUUUACCAGGAUGUAUCCAGUGAGUCUCAGUCAGCUACUUCGACAAUAAAAGCCUUGUUGGAACUUCAGCAGACAACAGCAGUGAAGGAGAAGUUAGAAUCAAAGCCAAGACAGCCUACCAUUGACCUGAGCCAAAUGGCUGUCCCAAUCCAGAUGACCCAAGAAAAGAGGCAUUCUCCAGAAAGUCCUUCAAUUGCUGUGGUAGAGUCAGAAUUAGUUGCUGAAUAUAUCACAACUGACUCAGGAAGACAACACUGUAUUGGUUCACAUUCGGAAGAAUAUCUACACAACCAUAUAGUCAGUCAUCGGUCACAGCCUCACCAGCAGACAUCUCAGCCCCAGAGGACUCUGCUGCAACAUGUGGCUCAGUCGCAGACAGCAACGCAGACUUCUGUUGUGGUGAAAUCCAUCCCUGCUUCUUCCACAGGCGCAAUUACCCAUAUCAUGCAGCAGGCCUUAAGCAGUCACACUGCAUUUACCAAACACAGUGAACAACUUGGAACUGAGGAAGGAGAAGUGGAAGAGAUGGACACCUUAGAUCCUCAGACUGGCCUGUUUUACAGAUCUGCCCUGACACAGUCACAGGCACAGAAACAGCAAAAACUGAGUCAACCACAGCUGGAACAGACUCAACUGCAAGUGAAAACUCUGCAGUGUUUCCAGACUAAACAGAAGCAGACAAUCCACCUGCAGGCUGACCAAAUCCAGCACAAACUCCCACAAAUGCCCCAGCUUUCUAUAAGGCAUCAAAAGCUAACCCCCCUGCAGCAAGAGCAAGCACAGACCAAACCAGAUGCACAGCACCCCCCACACCACAUGAUGGCCAAAGAAAGGCAACUCCCUACCUUAGUGGCACAGCCACAGCAAACUGUAGUACAGGUGCUUGCAGUAAAAACCACGCAGCAGCUGCCCAAACUGCAACAGGCACCAACGGCACAAAAAAUCUACGUGCAACCCCAACCCCCCCAGGGUCAAAUGCAGCUACCUGCCUCUUCAGAGAAACAGCCAGCAAGCCAGGUGCAGCCUCCAAUUAUAACGCAAGGAUCCACUGUUACAAAGAUAACUUUUGAGGGGCAUCAGCCUCCUUCUGUUUCAAAGGUAGCAGGUGGCAAUUCUGUGCCCAAACUGGCAUUGCCGGUUACAAGCCUAUUUCCCACGCAGGCAUCCGUGAAGACAGCAGUAGCAGACAUUUUGAGAAUGUCUAUGAUGGAAGCUCAGAUUGAUACAAACGUAGAGCAUACGAUAGUGGAUCCCCAAAGCAAGGCCAUGUCCACUAGUAAACUCGCUAGCGAAGCAGAGUCGUCACCUUGUACCCAGGUGCCGAGGGUGACUGCAGUAGGGAUGACGGCAACUUCCAUCCCCCAGCAACAGAAAUCUAAUGAAUCCAGUACAAGUCCUCCUGCUGUUGGUCCUACUUUAACAGAGAGGAAACUCGAUGCACAAGGAAUGCCUACAACAAACCAGUUUAUACACAUUCAGAAUAUAUCACAAAAGAAAGCUGAAGAGAGCUCAUCAGAAAUUGUUAUCCAGACUAUCCCUCAAUAUUCCAUCCCUUGUCACUCCAGCUCCAACGUGGUAGUGGAACCCAGCGGGCUCCUGGAGCUCAACAACUUUACCAGUCAGCGCCUCGACGACGAGGAGACGGCAAUGGAACAAGACGUGGACAGUAGCACUGAGGACGGCACUGAGCCCAGCCCCUCUCAGAGUUCUGCUGAACAAUCCUAAGGAAUUGGGACACCGGAGUGCACUUUAAAAUAUCUUGGGAUCUGAGUAAUCCAAGAUGCCCUUGUAUUGUGAUGUCUUAGAGCACUUUGCUUAUUAGAGUUGUUCGCUGGACCCUUGAAGCAUCAGUGUGUUUUAACAAGACAGUAUUGCAAAAGCUGCAUUAAAAAAAAAAAGGUUUCCAAAAAAAGAUGUAGUUACCGAGAUACAGUAAACCUGUGACAGUGGAAUGUGCUCCUGUUAAAAAAACCAAUCUGCAGCAAAUUCUACAGCUCGUGCUACGAAGCCCUUGCCCAGAUACUGAAACAGCGUUCAGUGAAAAGGGAUCUUUACAUUGCUGUGUCUUUUUGUUAGCUAUUGAGCAAAACACCAUCAAAAAAGAGAAUGUUUAAUAAAUAUUUGUAUUUUUAAAUAGCA